GGAGAGAGACACUCCGAAAACAUGCCAGUUUUCCUUGCAGCCGCGCUGAUCCUUCAACCCCACGCGGACUUCUCUGAACUAAGCGGAGGAGGUCUGGCUAGUUAGCGCGCUCUGCUUCGCACACGUGUUUCUGCCCCCUUUUUAUUACUGCCCGCCCUUUAAAGAGAAGUUUUCUGGUGGGGUGUGCUGCAAGGUAACAAACUAGAUCGCAGGCUUUUUGCACAUUCUACCAGAUCGGGGUGAAAGGGGCUUGCUUCCAAGUCAACGUGUGCUUAGGAUUGUAACUUUUAAUUGUUUGAGAGGAGGGGGAAAUGUCUCCACCCCAACUCCCGGAAACUCGGUUGUCCCGUAAUGCAGGGUAGACUUAAGUGGGCGGUGGGAUAUCUCUUCUAGCUUUCUAAAUAGAUGCUUCCCGCUGUUUUCUGCCUAUACUAAAAUACACACGUCUCUUAAAAGAAGCCUUGCUAUGAUGGGAAUGAGACAUCAUUGCCUUUUUAAAAAAUUCAACAAAGAGCAACAAGAAGCAAUUGAACAUAUUGAUGAAGUACAGAAUGAAAUAGACAGACUGAAUGAACAAGCCAGUGAGGAAAUUUUGAAAGUAGAACAGAAAUACAACAAACUCCGCCAACCGUUUUUCCAGAAGAGGUCAGAAUUGAUCGCCAAAAUCCCAAACUUUUGGGUAACAACAUUUGUCAACCACCCACAAGUAUCGGCACUGUUGGGGGAAGAAGAUGAAGAAGCGCUGCAUUAUUUGACCAGAGUUGAGGUGACGGAGUUCGAAGACAUCAAAUCAGGUUACAGAAUAGAUUUUUAUUUUGAUGAGAAUCCAUAUUUUGAAAAUAAGAUGCUCUCCAAAGAGUUUCAUCUGAACGAGAGUGGGGACCCAUCGUCAAAGUCCAGUGAAAUCAAAUGGAAAUCUGGGAAGGAUCUGACAAAACGCUCAAGUCAGACACAGAACAAGGCCAGCAGAAAGAGACAGCAUGAAGAACCGGAAAGCUUCUUCACCUGGUUCACUGACCAUUCUGAUGCCGGCGCUGAUGAACUCGGAGAGGUCAUCAAAGAUGACAUCUGGCCAAAUCCAUUACAGUACUACUUGGUUCCUGACAUGGAUGAUGAAGAAGGCGAAGGAGAGGAGGAUGACGACGAUGAUGAAGAGGAGGAAGGCUUGGAGGACAUUGAUGAGGAAGGUGAUGAAGAUGAGGGAGAAGAAGACGAAGAUGAUGACGAGGGAGAAGAAGGAGAGGAGGAUGAAGGAGAAGACGACUGAACACUGACAGAUUCCAACCACCCUCUUUCCCUCCCCCCUUCCUCCCCUUCCAGUCCCUGGGAGCAAGUUUCCGUCUAUUUUUUUUUUUCCCCCUCUUCCCUUUUGUGCUCAGUCGCCUUGUUCUCUUGAGGUCUUUUUUUCUCUCCUCUUCACCAUGGUUCACAAAUAAUUUUGGAGCAAAUAUCUUUGAGCAGAAUACAGUGGGAAAGAAUCUCUACCAGUUUCGAUUUAUUUUUAAUCCCUCAGUUUUGGAACAAAAACUCUUAAUGGAAUCAACACGCCGUGUUCUGUGGGGAAGAAAGAGAAUCUUCUGCUGGAAGCUGAAGAGUGCUAGGCCCCUGUGUAGUAGUGCAUAGAAUCUAGCUUUUUCCUUCUUUCUCUGUAUAUUGGGCUCAGAGAUUACACUGUGUCUCUAUGUGAAUAUGGACAGUUAGCAUUUACCAACAUGUAUCUGUCUACUUCUCUUGUUUAAAAAAAAAAAAAGAAAAAGCUAAAAAAAGGGGUUAUAGACAGGGUAAGCAAGGGUGGGUUUCAGAUGUUGGGGUGGGUUAAAUGGGCAUUUUGACAAAAACAUGGCUUCUUCUCUUUUGGCAUGUUUAAUUGUGAUGUUUAACAAAAAAAAAAAAAACAUCCUUGCAGUUUAAGAUGACACUUUUAAAAUAAAACUCCUCUCCUAAUGAUGACUUUUGAGCCCUGCCACUUGAUGGAGAAUCAGCAGAACCUGUAGGAUCUUAUUUGGAAUUGACAUUCUCUAUUGUAAUUUUGUUCUUUGUUUUGUUUUUUCAAUUAUUUUUUUUUUGUUUCACUGGAAAAAGAGAUGCUCAGUUUUAAACGUUAAAAGUGUACAAGUUGCUUUGUUACAAUAAAACUUAAUGUGUACACAA